UUAACCAGGAACUGGAUUUACGGCCAGAUCCUGCUGAACAGGACUGCACUGUCAAAAAGGUAGCAAUCCCAUACACAGGAUGGAAAAUAAACAAAACACAGGCCCUGAUAAAUAAAAACGGUAAAGCAAAAGCUAGCGGAACACUGUAUGAAUAGUAGUUUUUAAUCGGCGCUUUGCGGCUGAAGGAAGGAUAAUUAUUGCGCGAAAAAAGUCAAAACUUUCUUAAGCACUUCUUUAUUUUAGGAAACAAUGAUAUAAUGACGAGCAACUGGUGAGAUAAUGCUGAAUAAGUGGUGACAGCAAACUAGUUACGGCACAUCUUACACAUGUGCAAUUCUCCCUUCGUCUGUGGCGAAUUUAACCAGUAAAACAGCUCCCAGACCUCCGAAGUCGAGCUGAUCUGCAGAAAUGCCACGCAGGCAACCAGCUCAACUUGUGCUCUGAGAGCUCCUUAAGGUCUCCUCCUGUGAUCAAGUGCGACCCGAAGUAGCAGACAGUGUGAGCUCAAGGCUUGCAGCGCAACAGGGACAGAACUUGGCACCUCUGGGAAAACAUGAACAGGAUCAACAAACUUUUCCGAGGAAGUGGUAGAGCCCUGGCCCUGGUUUUUGCAGCAUCUGUGGUCUGGCUGAUUUUUGACAUGGCAGCCCUCAGGUUUUCACUCAAUGAUGUCAAUAGCAACAAACUUCUGAAAGAAGAACUGAUCCGAAUGGAGAGGGGACGGUUCAGAGUACUCCGGAAUCGAAACACCGCCUUACCGAAAGCCACCAAGUGGGCACCUCAGUUACCUACUAAGAAAUCGAAAGAUGAGUGGGCUAAUGAAGUUCAUGUAAGGGCUAAAGAUGCAGCACAACAACAAAAGCAGACUUUGCAAGACAUUAUAAGGAGUAUAACAAAGGCAUGGAAAGGCGGCUACCAAGAAAAACAAAAGCUACCAGUCAUGCAAAAUCAAACUUCAAAAGUUGCUUUAAUAAAGAAAGUCCAUCAGUUGCCGCAAAAAGUAAGAAAUGAAUCGUCUGAUGAUCACGUUUUGUUUCGGGAGAAGAAUAAUGUGGCACUGAAAUCUGAGAUAAAUGAAGGCAUCAGGCACGUCUCGGUCCCUGUUAGUAAGGGUGCACCGGAGGCGCAGACGGUCGCCAAACGGGUGCAUCUGAUUCUCGGGGUCGGAGAUGACCACGUUGAGAAAAAGCAUCAACCUGUCGUGAACGACACACGUGCAGAUCACCCCACGGAGGCUGCAGGCUCGAGGGCUCCCCCUAAAGGUCCCGCUGCGGCGGCACACCCCCCAAAAGGAAUCCUGACCGCAGGUGCACUGGACGAGGACGGGGGUAAAAGGGCUGCUGAAGACAGAGACGGUGGGAGGGACCGAAGGCCCCCAGCUACCCAUCUUAAACCCAACGGUACCAAAAGCAAACCAGAAGAGCGCGCUGCUGCACAGCUGACAAGCUUACCGAGGACAAUUAGUCAUCCUGCUGAUGGGGAUGCAAAACAUAAUGUGCACAAUAUUACUGUCUCUGUGGGUAUUGCACAAAAUUUUCUUCCAAAAAAACUGGUUAACCACAGCAACGAAAUUUCCUCAAACUUGCAUGCUUCUCAAACCAUUUCUAAGCUGCUACUUCAUAGUCCAGUGAAAGGGAAUCGCAGUGGAGAGGGUGGGGGCAUUGGUCGGGAAACUGAGCUCAAUCUACUUGCUGUAAAGAAGAAAGUUGGUGAGGUCAAACUGGAAGAAUGGUCAGCACGUGGAAACGUAAGUAAUGUGCAGACAGCUUUAGUGACUAGGGAUUCGGGAAUGCAUAAAGUACUAAACCUGGAUAAGACCGUUGCUCCCCGAGAAGACACAGCAGUGGGGCAGUUUGGAAAGGCUGGAGUUGUGCCAAAGGAGAAACAAGAGGAAGCCAAUCGAAGGUGGAGAGAAGGUUAUUUCAAUGUGUAUCUUAGCGACCAGAUACCAGUAGACAGAGCUAUCGCUGAUACCAGGCCAGCCAGGUGUGUCGACCAGAUGGUUCACAAUGACCUUCCUACCACCAGCAUAAUCAUGUGUUUUGUAGAUGAAGUGUGGUCUACCCUUCUGCGUUCAGUUUAUAGUGUGCUUAACCGAUCACCACCCCAUCUUGUUAAGGAGAUAAUCCUUGUGGACGACUUCAGCACCAAAGAGUACCUUAAAGAUCAUUUAGACAAAUAUAUGUCAAAGUUUCCCCAAGUUCAUGUCCUUCACCUUAAAGAGAGGCACGGAUUAAUACGGGCUCGCCUUGCUGGAGCAGAUAUAGCCACAGGUGAUGUUCUGACUUUUUUGGACUCACAUGUCGAAUGUAAUGUUGGGUGGCUAGAACCUCUUUUGGAAAGAGUCCGGUUAAACAGGACAAAAGUUGCCUGCCCUGUAAUUGAAGUGAUUAGUGACAAGGAUAUGAGCUAUAUAACAAUUGACAACUUCCAGAGAGGUAUAUUUAACUGGCCCAUGAACUUUGGCUGGAAACCAAUCCCUGCAGAAGUUAUAAAAAAGGAGAAUAUAAAGGAACAUGAUCCCAUAAAGUGCCCUGUAAUGGCAGGAGGACUAUUUUCUAUCGACCGGAAGUAUUUCUAUGAACUUGGAACUUACGAUCCUGGUCUAGAAGUCUGGGGUGGAGAAAAUUUAGAACUUUCCUUUAAGGUUUGGAUGUGUGGAGGAGAAAUUGAGAUUAUUCCUUGUUCAAGAGUGGGACAUAUUUUCAGAAGUGAUAAUCCGUACACAUUUCCACAAGACAGGCUUAAAACAGUGGAAAGGAACUUGGCACGUGUUGCAGAGGUCUGGUUAGAUGACUAUAAAGAACUUUUCUAUGGUCAUGGCUACCACCAUUUGCUGGACAGAAAUAAAACAGUUAUUGGAGAUCUGACAAAACAGAAAGAACUUCGAAGCAAACUUAAGUGCAAAAGUUUUUCUUGGUACUUACAGAAUGUUUUCCCCGACAUGCAAGCACCCAUUGUGAGAUCGAAUGGAUUGUUGUAUAACAUUGGACUGGAGCAGUGCCUAAGCAUAGAAGACAGUGGUCUGGUAAUCCAAAAGUGCAAUGCCAAUAAUGAGAACCAGUACUUCAAUCAUACUUGGUUGCGACUGAUUAAACAGAAGGAGUUAUGUGUGGCUCCAAUUCAUGAGAAACAGACAGUGGUUUUACGACAUUGUGAUAACGCGGACAAGAGCCUUAUGUGGCUCCAUAAAGCUCUUAUUUCAGAACCAGCACUGAUGGAUCAUCUGGCUUUGGAAUAUGUGCCCCAUUCACAGCCCAUAUGCUUGGAUAUAAACCAGUCUGAAAAUACUGUAAAACUGAACAUCUGUGAUUCCUCCAAUGUCUACCAGAGAUGGAAGUUCAUGCAUUACUACGUCUAAUCAAUAACCUUACUCUGUCCUAUAAGAGAGAGUAUUGCAGUGAAGAGGAAUCGUGCACAACAUUUGUGCAUCACUGUAUUUAAUUGUGGCAGAUUUUACUGUCACUCAACUAGAACUAUAUAAGAGACAUUGGGUUUAAAAAACACCCUCUUAACACAGAUUAUUUUCAGAGUUAUGUUUAGCAGUUUUAUGUUUUAUGUACAUGACCUUAAGAGUAAACUCUGUAAUGUCUUCCAGUUUAAUUUAGGAUGACUCCUUGUGUAGAUUGUGGCAGGGAAAAUGGUGCUGUCCAUUUGUUUUCUUUCCUUUUAACAAUAGAGUUGUUUUGCAUGUGUUGUGAGUUCAUCAUUUUCACUCCUGUUGUCUUCAUGUCCGUGCUUUACUCCUCAAAAGAUUCUGCAUUGCAGGGUGUUUUUUUAAUUACUGGAAUUAACUUUUUCAUGUACUGUACUGGGACAAUUAUUGUUUUCUGCAAAAUGUUUGAUUUUUUUAUUGCUGGAGUAUCCAGUUUUGUAGAAGAUAAUUUUAUUUAAUAGUAAUCAAAUUCCUUGUGCCAUUUGUUCCUGAAACAGAGCCAAUUAUAUUUGCAAUUUCUGUUUUUUUUUUUUUUUUGAUUUGAAGAUGCAAUAUGAUAUUUACCUUUACAUUGGUAAUGUGAAUUAAAAUUUUUAUUAAUAA